GGGAGUCAUGAAAGAGGACAGCAGGAUCUUCACAGGCCUGCAGGUCAGGGUUGAGGGCAGAGGAGGAGCAUUGCUUCCAUCGGGACAGCUCCUUGGAGAAUGGUGGCCGACUGAGUUGCCUGUGAGGCAGCCCCUCAGCUAAACCAUAUGAGAUGGGGCUCAGAGGAGGUGUGCGGGCAGGUCUGGCUGUCCCUUGUGGAUGCAGAUUUGAGACCCAGAAGUCUCCCCAUGACUCCUUAUCACAUCCGACAAUACCAAGAGAGGGACCACAAGCAGGUCCAGGACUUGUUCUGUAGGGGCAUGGAGGAGCACAUCCCUACUGCCUUCCUCCAUGCAUUGCUGCUGCCCCGAACUCUCCUGCUCUUACCUGGGGUGCCCACUGCCCUGGUCCUGGUGUCUGGCUCCUGCCUGCUGGCCCUUAUGUGUAGCUUCUUUCUGCUCCUGUUUCUACGGCUCUUUGUCAAACAGUCCUCGAAGAAGUUUGUGGCCUUGCGUUUACGCACAGACCUGGCUGACACCACCAAGUCCUACCUGAGUGAGCCUGGCUCCUGCUUCUUGGUGGCUGAGUCUGUGGAUCAGGUGGUGGGCAUGGCAGCUGCUUUGCCAGUCAAGGAUCCCUCAAUAAAGAGGAAGCAGCUGCUGCUCUUUCACUUGUCUGUGUCCUCACAGCAUCGAAGACAGGGGAUAGUAAAAGUGCUGGUCAGAACUGUCCUCCAGUUUGCACAAGACCAGGGCUACAGUGAGGUUGUUCUUCGUACCGCCGUGCUGCUGCGUGACGCUGUGGCCCUCUACAAGGGAAUGGGCUUCCAGAAGACAGGCAAGUCCUUCUUCAACACAACAGCAAAGCUACUGGCUGUUCCUUCAAUUCACUUCAUGUACCCGCUCCCCUCUACUCAGGAACAGGAGCUGGGAUCUUUCCCUAUGCAUCUGCCAGCCUCCAGCUCACAGUGCUAUCACAAGCAAACCCUAAUACUGAAGUGGGUCAUAAAGGUGUAUUUGUCUUGCUCGUUGGAAUACUAUCUGUUUGAUGGUGUGUAAAGAACAGGGGCAAUCAUGUACUCUAGUUCCUCCAACAUCAACAUCCUGUACAGGGUGUCUGUGAGCACUGAUGGAGUAGGGUGGUUUCGUGGCCUGACCAGCAUGUGUGGCCCCUGCUGGCACUGACUAGACUCAGCCUCAUGGGCCUGCAUGACUGAGUAGAGGCCAAGUAUGGCAUGUGUCUGUAGGUCCAGGAAGAGGGUAGGAGACUAUUGACUGUCCUAGAUUUACUACUCUUGGGAACUGAGGCUAGAGUGGCCUUAGUCCUGAGACUAGGAACUCCAGUAACUUAGGUGCCUCAGGCCUGACCAUUCCAUUAUACAAGCUCCGUGGAUGAAUUAAGACAUGGUGGUGUGCUGGUGUUGUCAAGACAGUUUGCCAUUUCUGCAAUUUAAUCUCUAGCACAGACAUACCAAUAUAGUUCUGACACUGUCUCACACUGGGAUUCCCUAACCCAGAAGGACCUGCUAAUCACAGCUGUCUAGGUUAUCCUCAAAGGAACUACUGCCCAGCCUUGGCAUUUCAUUGGCUUAUAGAUGUCUUUGAGAGAUCUGAUAGGCAACUCUCUGCCCUCCUGCCAACUAGUCUUCUCAUAGAUUCACAUAUCUUCAUGGUGUCCUUUUGGCAAGUCACAGAAUGGCUCCGAACCAAAAAGACUUGUUUUCCAGGAAUGCAUGCUUUUCUCUGAGACUUUCACAUAGACAAACAUGAUUUUUUUUUCUCCUUACUAAUUGGCAUUUCCAGUUUCAGAAACUGCUCUGCUGGCUGUUGGGGUGGAAGAGAGGGUUGUUAAAUCACAUCAGGCAAGAUACUCUUGUUGAUAUGAUAAUGGCAUAGAUGCUAUGGGUACAGCCAACUACUUUCUGAAUGAAUUGCAGGAAAGGGGAAAGCCAUGGUAUUAAGCACAUAAAAUAUGUUUUAAACAGAUAGUACAGAAUUGGCUAUGAGUUCUUGUUGCUCUUCCGGAAGACUCAGGUUCAGCUCUCAGCACCCACACAGUGGCUCACAUCCACCUGCAACUCCAGUUCCAGGGGAUCCAAUGUUCUCUUCUGGCAUCCAAGGGCAAUGCGUACAUACAAGUGAAGCACAUAUGCGCACACAGGUGGGACCGAGUAUCUGAUCACACUGUGAACUCUGAGACUGUAUUGUUGACUGGGAAAACCUGUUUCUAGUUGUGGUGUGGCUCAGCUGUAGCACACACCACACAUUCAAGAGCUUGCUGCUUGAAAUAUUGUAAAGAAGAUUAAAUAAAGUUAACCCUAGGUCAAGGGCCAGAGAAAGCAACCAGCUGACAGGGAGCUGACAGGGAACAUAGGAAAAAAACAUAGAGAGUAAGAGAAAGUCAAGAGACAGACUUGACAACACUGGACCCCCUGGAGCUGGAGUCUCUCUGGACAGAGAGACCCAUAGGAAGUAGAAGAGGAGAGCAUUCAGUUUGAGGACAGAGUGGAGAAAAAAAGAUUCCUCUUUCUUUUUCCUUUUCUUUUUUCCUUUUGAGAUGUCUGCUGAGGAGGAAAAUCAGCUGGGUGAUUUCUCUGCCUCUCUGAGCCAGCAUCUGGCUUCCGAGUCUUUAUUGGUAAAACCGAACAUAAUAAAGAUGUCCCUAUGCUGUUGUUUUUGUGAAAAUUAGGGCUUAUUUGGCAGUGCUGCUUUUGAGUAGUAAACAAUGAUAAAGUCCAGUGAGAGGAAAAAUAAAUCAAGAACAGCCAUUGAGGGUUACAAGUGUUUUUUAGGGUACUAUCUGAAACGCUCAGAGGUUUCAUAGCAGAGAUGUCCCUGUGCUGGUAAGUUUAUGAACCAAGAGGUCAUUUAGCUGUGCAUCAUGCCACAGAAAUCUUUCCAAUGGAAGCUGCUGUCUUAAGCUCAGCCUCUGCUUGGAAUGCUUUGUGCUAUUCACAAUUGUUCCAGCAAAGCUUUCCUCUUGGCAUGGUGGCAGCCUAGCAAAAUAGUCCUACAGGAAAGACGAGGGAGAAAGAGUGAGAGGCUUGGCUUUGUGUGAGAAGCCUGUCAUGGUCCUUUAAAAAAAAUCUGUGGUAUUAGUUUGCCAGGAGGCUGUGAAGAUAGGACUUUAAUAUAAAGUGUUUCUAAAUAUUUUUGUUUUGUUUUUCAAGACAGGGUUUCUCUGCGUAGCCCUGGCUGCCCAGGAACUCACUCUGUAGACCAUGCUGUCCUCGAACUCAGAGAUUCCCUUCUGAGUGCUAGGAGUAAACGCAUGCCUCACCACACCGGGGCAAGUGGGCCAAGUAUUUCUAAAUCUUAAUGUAAAGACAGCAUUAAAAAUGUUCUGCAGAGGCCAAAUACACCUGGGAAACAUGUUCAUAAAACCACUCUUCCUGCCUGCUUACACAUUUUUUAUUUUACAAUUUAAUUUUUAAAUUUUAUGGGUACAAGUAUAUUUCCUGAACAUAUAGAUGUGCACCACAGGCAGUCUAGUGUCUGUGGAGGUUAGAUAGGGCAUUGGAUACCCUGUAACUGGAGUUACCCAUGGUUGUAAGCAGCCAUGUGGAUGUUUGGAACCAGCCCUGGGUCCUCUGCAAAAACAAGUGUUCUUAACUGCUGAGAGAUCUCUCCAGCACCCUGUUUUUUGUAUUUUUAUGUUGUGAUUUUUUUUUAUUACUUAUGCUUAUUCUUUGACAACUUCUUGCUGGUAUGUAAUGUAUUCUGAUUAUUCUUUCUUCCCACCCUCUUUUAUUUUCCUUCAAUCUCUAUCAACAUUCCCUCUUCCCCGAAAGUCUCUUUCCCAGAAUCAUGUCUUUUUUAGUUUAUUUUGGGACUCACUGAGCUCGACUAGAGCCAUCUGUAUUGUAUUUUAUUUGUGUGUGUGUGUGUGUGUGUGUGUGUGUGUGUGUGUGUGUGGUGCAUUCAUGUCCACAGGCAUAUUCACAUGUGUUAGGGCAUGGGCAGACCUUGACAUCAUCAGAAGUCUUCCUCAGCCACUCUCUGUCUGUGUUGAGGCAGACUCUCUCAUUUGAACACAUAGUUUGCUAAUCUGGGGAGUCUAACUAGCUAGCUCAGUCUGGGAAUCCCCUCUCUGCUUCUCACCUGUCAAGAUUACAAGUUAACCAUCAUGCUCACCUGACAUUUAUGUGGCUGCUUGGAGGUCUGAACUCUGGUCCUCAUGCUGGUAAGACAAGAACUUUACCCUCUGAGCCAUCUCCCCAACUCCCUACUUUUCUUUUAAACCGUCUUUACUGGGUUAUCAAACUGCCAGAGGAUCUGUCAAAAUGGAGAUGUUCAAAUAAAAGACUUAAGGAAGAAAUGUGAAUUAUUCCUAAAUAGAAAGACAGACAGUGAACUCUUCCAUUCCACAGACUUAAUGGAUACAAAAGGAACAGGAAAGAAGGACAACAGAGAAUUCAAACAGAGAGACAGAGUUUUAGGGGAGAGAGUAAAUGAGAGCAGACAGCACUUUACUGCCAUUUGACCCCAGGCAAAAGCCAACUUUCAGUCCACUUAGCAAAUGAAAUUGGUGCUUUACCUUAGGCUUGGCAAAUCUACUGUUAGUAUUUUGGAACACAAGCUGCUUCUGGGUUGCCCAGCAACCUAUCAUGUGUCCUCAGCCAGCCAGGUGACCACACCUGGAGGUCAUGGUUUCCUUACAACUUAAAGGGCCCACCCGGACAGGUGGUCCCUCUCUUGCUCUCCUCUCUCUCUCUCUCUUCCGCCUCGUCUCUCUGCAACCCCCUUCUCCCUUCCCCUAAUAAACCUCCCACAUGG